AGCACUGAUCCAGGGACGAAGUAGCGACAGCACUGCGCCACGACGACUACUGCCACGAUGGCCGAGGAGACUGACACAAACGAUAAAGCGACGAUGGAAAGUAUAGCGCAAAAUAUACUCGAGAUCAGUGCCGGAGGUGGGUCCGCGUCGAACGAAGUCGCUGCAUUGGAGUUUCAAGCCUCGCAGGUGAUAUCGAGGCUCGAGGAGGCUGUUGAGAAAGCAGCAGACGGCGGCGGUACUACCUGGAACAAUCCGUCGGGAUUUCUUUCCCAGUCGAAAUCAUCGGACGAAAUAUUAACUUUGAUUCAGGACCUAGUGAUUCAUGAAGACGCUCCACAAGCAGCAGAGGACGGUUCAACCGAAACAGCAACGAGCCAAGUGACUGCCCUGCCAAAAUUAACAGAAUCAGCGAAAUUAGCAUUAAUAACACAUACCGUUUCCGCAUAUGCGCUCGCGCUUCCAAAAUCGCAUGCCCAGAAGUUAGCCGGUCGUUUGGCUGCUGACACGACAAGAUGGCUAAGCCAUAUCUUUCGUUUCGUCGACUGUGCCUCCUCGUUUCACGAGGAUCACCUGGAAGGUUUGGUCAGGGUAACCAGGUUAGCCCUGCACCGAAAGUAUCCUCGAUACAUGGAGGAGGGUUUCACAGCCCUUGCAGCUUCACCGCCCUUAAUUUACAGUUCUGUAGCCGCGCCUGUAGGCGUGGUUCAACAUCUCUGCAGACAGCUUUCUUUGCCGCUUCAGUGUGUAAGACCCAUCCCCCAUAAUACUAUGUUUGGAUCAAGAUAUAGUAUGGACGUAUCGGCCUUGGAGCGACGCUUAGCCGAGGACACGCAAUCGAACAGCGUGACACCGCUUCUCGUACUAGCUGAGGCGGGGUCGGUAUUAACAGGACAUUGCGACAAUAUUGCUAGAUUGCGUGCAAUUUGCGACAAGUACAAUGUUUGGCUCCAUCUCAGAGGGCACUCUUUAGCUGCAUUAGCCUUGAAUAAUUUGGCGAAGGACUUGGUACGUUAUUGUUGUCCCUUUUGUUUUUUAUGUAACGUUGACUACAUGUACAAUAUGAAUAUAUUUUUUACGCUUCAGCCCUCAAAAGUGGCGGACAGUAUUACACUACCCCUAGGCAUCUGGCUUGGAAUACCGUCUUUGCCCGUAGUUACAUUGUAUAGAUUAACGGAUACUAAAGGUGGUCGACCAACUCCCAGGGACACGACUUUAUCUUUGGUGUCGGGCUUAAUGGCAGAUUCCCUGUCAAGACGUUUGCCAACUUUACCCCUAUGGGCUACGUUACAAGCGUUAGGUCGGGACGGUGUACAUAACAGGUUGAAAAGAUGCUUUCUGGCUGUGGAAGAAUUGUAUAAUAAAAUCAAGAAAUUUACUUGCAUAAGGAUAUUGAGUCAACCACCGGGAGGUGAAACUGGCUCCUACACGAUAAACGAGCUUCUAACGAACCCAGUGAACAAUCCACAACUAUUCGAGGCAGUAGCCAGUGCUCUAGUGUUCCAAUUUGUGCCUGCGAACAGGGAUCCCCAAGCAACGGAACGCGUCCCUCCGUAUUACGACAAGUUAAAUUCAUGGCUGGGACAGAUUCUUCAAAGAGACAUCGAAAACGUACAAAUAGAGUUAUGUGAAAUUGAACACCAUGGAGUCGCGAUUCGCAUUUGCCCGUUAGAGAAUCCGGAACAACCGCCAUCAACCGAGGACACUGAUAACGUGGUCGCUUGCCUGGAACAGCAGAUAGAAAUAUUACUGGCAACAGUGGAGCACAAAGAAACAUUCGUGAAGUUAGUUUCUGAAAAUGAUUCAUUGCAUUUAGUAGAGAUGCCAGGUUGGGCGGGUUUAGGCGGCGUUCGCUACGCUCCUCCUACUUGGAUUCAUGUUAUGACAGACCAAGCAAAGGAGGAAUUAAAUAGAUUAAAUACCCAACUGGUUGAAGCUUUGCGGAGUACAGAUGCAGCAUUUUCUUUAGGCGAAGGUGGCGACGGUUUAGCCUGUGUACGAUUUGGAAUGGUUACUCAAGACACAGACGUUGCCGAGCUACUGUCUUUAGUUCUACAAGUUGGCCAAGAGGUGGAGGCUAGUUCCAAGUUAUUGGACACUAUAUCAGAAGUGGUGAAAAGAGGCAUCGAGGCAGCUCAGACAGAUUUAGAAAGGGAAAAUGCAGAGAAAUUAUGGCAAGAAGGUAUUUUGAGGCAUGUACCUGUAGUCGGAACUUUUGUCAAUUGGUGGAGCCCCCCGUCGAAAGAGACUGGAGUGCGUGGACGUAGUCUAAAUCUCCAAGCUGGGGUGGUGGAGAGUACAGAGAAUAUAUACAAAUAUCACAUGCAACUGCAACCUAAUACAACGGUGAUCAAUGGAUCUGGUGCUAGAACUCCUCCACAGCCUUUAGUACAGACACCAGUUGGCGCUGGGAGUCAAAGUCAUAGUCGCUCGUCGAGCCAUUCUAGCUUGCAAAGCGGCAAGAGUAUCUCUGUAAUAACGAAUGCUGUCUCCCACCCGCAGGUCAAAGAGGAAUCAGGUGAGGUGAAAUCGUAGUAAACAUGAGGCAACAUUGUUGAUCAACAGAAAUUCAGAGCCAAGUUCUGUACGGACUUGGCGACAGAAGAAUACUGUACGUGAAAUGGUCGCACAUUUCCCUGCAGAAGCUACAGUUUACACUCGCAGAGUAAAGCAUUAGUCCCUAAAGCAUGCGUCGAAGAGCUUGGUAACUCGAUCGAGGUAAACACGCCAUUACUUUGUCAUUCUAUUCUGAAUAAAGUAUUUUACGUUAUUUCUUCAUCACGUUCCAUCAACCGCAUUCUUCUCUCUUUACCUAUUUUAAUUCAAGGCUCUAGUUUUGGACGCUCUGGUAUGAACUAUCGAAUGUGGCUUGUGUACUUACUAGACUGAUAUAAGAAGUAACAACUUUUUUCAAUGAACUCGACAAAGUAGUAUUUCAAAUGCUACUAACGAUUCAAAUAUUUCUUGCAGCACAAUAAGCAAAGAUAUAUUAUUAUGUAACUGGACUGUAGAUGUUUAAGAGGUACAUACAUUUUUAUAAAUUUGCAAGGAUAUACUCUCUGGUAUCAAUCUUUUUCUAUGAAACGAAACUUGAAUGUUUCUGCUCUUCUCUUUUUAUAAUGCAAGAUUGAAUAUAAAAACGAGAAUUUUGUUUCCCACACAAGAAUUUAAUGAAAUAAAUGACGAAAUAUAAUGAAUAUAUAAACAUCUACAGUCUACUCAUAAGCCAAUCUCUUGACACAAUCUCAAAAGUCAUUGACUCUGACCUUAGUCAAUUCAGUGCAUAACAAUCUACUAAUAGAAAUAAAAGAUUAAAAUAAAUAUAACGAAGUGAUUAAGUUUCUAGCAAUAGAAUGUUUACGUUCCGUUAAAUGCACACGUAUUCUCGGGUGAAUCUCGCAGCAAAAUUUCUCUGCAUUUAUUUCUCAGCAAUGCCGCGUCGUUCCAAACGACGCUGUUACGCAGCGACACGAAUUUUAUUCUCUUCUAAAGCACAAUAUAUGAGUGGUUGCGACGAGACACACACAAAAUUGUGAUCGCGUCGAGCAUAUUUCUAGAAGCGUUCAAUUGAUUCUAAACAGCAUUUCUCUGAGAAAAAUUCCAUUGAUAAAUGUCGAAUGAACAACAACAGUGUUCGGAAGUUGAAGUAACAACUAACCAAAGAGACACUUUGCAAAGAUCACUGCAGAUCAUUUAGGUCAUCAACUUGGAGUCCCAUUGUUAGAUCUACAUUCGAACGGCAAAAAUUGUUGCUAUUUAAUAAAUAUGUAACGUACAUGGAACUCUACUUCCAUCAAAUUUAAACGACACUGAUACAAUGUUCGCAUUACUAUAGUAAUCAAUAAAUUGUUGACAAAUACAAUUAAGUGAAAAAAGAAAUUAAGCUGUAUGUAUAUUUAUGUACCAAAUUGUUGUAAUAAAGU